AUGCCCACAUUCCAGUCCAACCCCUUUCGCUCCUCAAAGGCUGGUGACACCCUCAGCGAUCGCGUUGCAGCUUCAUACCGGAAGAAGCUUGCGAGACACCCAUUUGCACUCUUCGGUCUACCAUUUCUCGCCAUGGUGGUGAGCGCAUCAUUCCUGUUGACGCCUGCGACGGCCCUGCGCUACGAGAAGCAUGACCGCAAGAACCGCGAGCUCAGUCACACCGAGGCCAUGGAACUUGGUCUGAAGGGUGGCGUCACUGGCGAAGGCACGAUUACGUACAACCCACGACGGAGGAAGAUCUUGGAUGGUGGGCUCUCGCAGAAAGACGAGUAUUACAAACUUAUGGCCAAAGACUUGGACGACUGGGAACAGAAGAGAGUCCAGCGGUGGAAGGGCGAGCCUGAUGGCCGACUAUGA